GCCGGCGCAUGCGCAGCGCGGCCGCACCCCCGGCCGCCCGCUCGGUAUUAUGAUUAGCGCUGGGUGCGGGGUUCCGGCGGCCGGGAGGGAGUUGUCGACGCCGCGGCCGCUGCGGACGGACGCCCGCCUGCCGGCUGAGGUGUCCAUUGCAGUGCUGACAAUGAAGGCCUUAUUUCCAGCAGAGCUGCUCAUAUGAGAAGACCCUCUCAAGCACUUUAAGUAUCUUUCCCUUCGUCACACCAGCAUGGCGGGGUUCAAGCGAGGAUAUGAUGGGAAAAUCGCUGGAUUAUAUGAUCUGGAUAAAACCUUGGGUCGAGGCCAUUUUGCAGUGGUUAAACUUGCUAGACAUGUCUUUACAGGUGAAAAGGUGGCAGUCAAAGUUAUCGACAAGACGAAGCUCGACACUCUAGCCACUGGCCAUCUUUUCCAGGAAGUACGGUGCAUGAAGCUAGUGCAGCACCCCAACAUUGUGCGUCUCUAUGAAGUCAUAGAUACCCAGACCAAACUGUACCUCAUUCUAGAGCUUGGAGAUGGAGGAGAUAUGUUUGAUUACAUAAUGAAACAUGAGGAGGGUCUUAAUGAAGACUUGGCCAAGAAGUACUUUGCUCAGAUAGUUCAUGCGAUAUCUUACUGCCAUAAACUCCAUGUGGUUCACAGAGACCUGAAGCCAGAGAAUGUGGUCUUUUUUGAAAAACAAGGUCUUGUGAAGUUGACAGACUUUGGCUUCAGCAACAAAUUUCAGCCCGGAAAGAAGCUCACUACCAGCUGUGGGUCUCUUGCGUACUCUGCCCCGGAAAUCCUGCUUGGCGAUGAAUAUGAUGCCCCUGCAGUAGACAUAUGGAGCCUGGGUGUGAUCCUUUUCAUGCUGGUGUGUGGGCAGCCGCCCUUCCAAGAGGCCAACGACAGCGAGACGCUGACCAUGAUCAUGGACUGCAAGUACACCGUGCCGCCCCGAGUGUCUGCCGGGUGCAGGGACCUCAUCACACGGAUGCUGCAGAGAGACCCCAAAAGGAGGGCGUCUCUGGAAGAGAUCGAAAGCCACCCUUGGCUCCAGGGAGUGGACCCAUCUCCAGCUACGAAGUACAACAUCCCCCUCGUGUCCUACAAGAACCUCUCUGAGGAGGAGCACAACAGCAUCAUCCAGCGCAUGGUGCUCGGGGACAUUGCGGACCGGGACGCCAUUGUGGAAGCCCUGGAAACCAACAGGUACAACCACAUCACCGCCACUUACUUCUUACUUGCCGAAAGGAUCCUGAGAGAAAAGCAAGAGAAAGAAAUACAGACCAGGUCUGCCAGCCCCAGCAACAUCAAGGCCCAGUUUAGGCAGUCGUGGCCAACCAAAAUCGAUGUGCCCCAGGACCUUGAGGAUGACCUCACCGCCACGCCGCUGUCGCACGCCGCCGUGCCGCCGCCUCCCGCGCGAGCGGACGGCGUCCUCAACGGCCACCGCGGCAAGGGCCUGUGUGACCCGGGCCGGAAGGACGAGCUGGCCGAGCCCCCCGGGCCCGCGCUGUCCGCCGGGCCCCCCGCCGGCCUGCAGCCCGCCGGCGGCCGCAAGUGCCUGUUCCGUGUGGAGGAGGACGAGGAGGAGGACGAGGAGGAGCGCAGGCCCGCGGCCGUGUCCGCGCAGGUGGUGCUGCGCCGGAAGCCGUCCGUGACCAACCGCCUGACGUCGCGCAAGAGCGCCCCGGUGCUCAACCAGAUCUUCGAGGAGGGCGAGUCGGAGGACGAGUUCGACAUGGACGAGAACCUGCCGCCCAAGCUGAGCCGCCUCAAGAUGAACAUGGCGUCGCCGGGCACGGUGCACAAGCGCUACCACCGCAGGAAAAGCCAGGGCCGCGGCUCCAGCUGCAGCAGCUCCGAGACCAGCGACGACGACUCCGAGAGCCGCCGGCGGCUGGACAAGGACGGCGGCUUCGCGCCCCCGUGGCACCGGCGCGACAGCAGCGAGGGCCCGCCGGGCGGCGAGGGCGACGGCGGCGGCCAGGGCAAGCCGAGCGGCGGCGGCGGCGCGGACGGGGCCAGCCCGGGCGAGCGGGGCGCGGGCGGCGGCGGCCAGGGCGGCCAGGCGGGGGCCCCGUCGGGCGCGGGCGGCUCGGCGCGGCGCUGCGCGGGCCCGGGCGCCUGCUCCCCCGCCUCGGCCGGCCCGCGCGGCGCCGAGCUGGUGCAGAGCCUCAAGCUGGUGGGCCUGUGCCUGGGCUCGCAGCUGCACGGCGCCAAGUACCUGCUGGACCCGCAGAAGGCGCUGUUCUCCAGCGUGAAGGUGCAGGAGAAGUCCGCCUGGAAGAUGUGCAUCAGCGCGCCCGGGCCCGCCGCCGAGCCCGCCCCGCUGCGGACCGGCAAGCUGCGCGCCGGCGUGCUGCAGCUGCCGCUGUGCGAGAAGACCAUCUCCGUGAACAUCCAGCGCAGCCGCAAGGACGGGCUGCUCUGCGCCCCCGGCCCCGCCAGCUGCUGCCAUGUCAUCUGACCCGCCGCGCCCCGCAUGGCCCCGUGCAUGUGCUACACGCCGCUUUCCUGUUCCAGCCAAGUACUGUGGUUCUACAUCCAUGAUCUCCAGUGUGGGUGAGCAGAUGGACCCAGCGGGGCGCCCAGAGGCCCGGAGGGGACGUGUCCGAAUACAAAGCCCAGAUUCCUGCCCCACUCCCGUGCCCUGAGGCCUGCUGGUGCGCGAGACGGACCCAGAGCAAUAACGCGCUGCCACAGGCUGGAGGAGCCGCUGCGCCACCAGGGCCUGUGCGUCUUAAGCGGUGGUGUGAAACAGUUGGGGUGCGUGUGUCGUGUUUUCGUUGACAAAGCUUUCCUGUUCUAGCCGAGAUCAGCUACCAGCUGAGGCGGCUCCGCCGUUACACGGAGACAAUCUCGUGCAUGUGUGCCCGAACAGAAAGAGGCGCCGCCUGUCUCCCUUGGGGGACACACAGUCCCCCUUCAGGCCUGUGUGGACAGGACGCCGGAGGGCCAGCGGCACUAGCCCCGGCACGUGGUGGCUGCAUGCUGGACUGACUUGUGGGCCUCGGUGGCCUCUGCUUUCACCGUCCUGGCCUGUGGCUCCUGGGAGGAGCGGGGAAGGGGGUGUGGGGGGUGCUCAGAGCCCAGCCCGCCCUCCCUGGCUCCACACGGAUGACCAUCCUAGCACCUCUUCUCCCUGCCGACCCCCCUACCGUCUCCCCACCGCUGUCCUUCCUGUCCUGUUCUCCCUAACCCUGUCCCCCUGACCCCAUCGCUGUCCUCCCUAACUUCGCCCCCCCCACUGCCAUCCUCCCUGCCAUCCCUCCUACCCUGUCCCCCAUGCUCCAUCAUCCCCUGCUCUCCUCCCUGAGCUGGGGAGCCUGGACACUGGCUUUCCACAUGCGGACCUGUGGGUGUGCGCGUGGCCCUCUCUUCAGCGGUCGCUCCAGCCGUAGCAGCACGGCUGAGCGUGUCACUCGGAGCAGCAGGGCGCGGCAGCCCCUGCCGUGAGUGCUCGCUCGCUGCUGCUUUAGGGUUCGGGUGCACGAAGCUUCACAGUUAACGGCUGAGUAAGCACUGCUCCCCGAGCUUCCUAGAGCUAGAGCUAGGCCAAGUGUUUGUGCUUACGCCGCAGCCCUGCUGAGUGGGGCGCCACACACGGAGAGCUGUGAGGACAGGCGGGGAAGCCAUAGAGCACGUUUGCUUGAAACUCUUAAGCAGGGAUCUGCCAAGGGCCAGGAACCGCCCGGCGCGCGUCUCCCACGGCCACCUGUGGGAGCCGUGAAGGGGCGCGCAGUGAGCUGCCGCAGCUGCUCCCAGUGGUGUACAUAGUGUCGCGUGGUCCCGCCCGGAGGCGCCUGCGGCCUCGGCCGCCCGCGUCUGGCCCGGUGGUUUCUAUUCAGGUGUACAUACGGUGCUCACUUCAGGUCAGCAGUGUCGGCCACUAUGCUGCAGAGCUGUGUCAUGGCCUUAUUAGCUGUGUGUGGUUGCUGACCCUCUGGGUACACACGUGUCUGUCGAGUGCUGUCUGGCCCAUUUGUUGACAAGUGGACGUCUGUGCAUGUGUCAUGUCCUGGGAUGUCGUCACGGGAGGGAGCAGAAUGCCAUCACACCAAUAGUGGACCAAACUACUCCCUUGCUCCAACAGUGACCUGUCCCCAACCCGUCCUCAAGUCACAGAGAGUGGCAGUAGUGGACAAAUUAAAUAUUGUGGGAAAGCUAGUCUUGUAUUUUUCUGUGUGUAUAUAUAUAAUUAUGUACUUCGGAAUUCUAUCUGUAUUUAAAGACGUGACAAUCUUGACACCGAUUUUAACAGUCGUGAGACUGAACAGAGAUGUCCUGUGAGCCAGAGUCGGUGUGUGCUGAGAACACACGUGUCAGCCGAUUGGCCAGUUGCCUCACACCCUGGCCGGCCUCUCCCCUGUAUGAACACCGACAGGUGUGUGACAGACAGGAAGUAAUCCAACAAUAAAGUGACAUACCGGUGUUCAGCAAUAGAA